CCGGAGAUUACUCUGGCUUUUGCAAUUCUGAUGUGCUGUGGAUGCAACACAGGUACGUGCCCGACCAAUUUUCUGCAGGCAUUAACCCGGCCGUCUGCUGGUCCUUCCUCCUUUUCAACGUCCCUGAGCGAGGCCGGCGUCAAGAUGAAUGACACAGUGACAGUAAGGACCCGCAAGUUCAUGACGAACCGGCUGCUUCAGAGGAAGCAAAUGGUCGUCGACGUCCUGCAUCCCGGCAAGGCCACAGUCCCCAAGACUGAAAUCAGGGAGAAACUUGCCAAGAUGUACAAGACCACCCCUGAUGUCGUGUUCAUCUUUGGCUUCAGGACUCAGUUCGGUGGCGGCAAGACAACAGGCUUUGCCAUGGUGUACGACUCCCUAGACUAUGCUAAGAAGAAUGAGCCCAAACACAGACUGGCCAGGCAUGGUCUCUAUGAGAAAAAGAAGACCUCAAGGAAACAGCGCAAGGAACGCAAGAACAGAAUGAAGAAAGUACGAGGCAUCAAGAAGGCCAGUGUGGGCGCUGCUGGCAAAAAGAAGUGAGUCCGGACAGCCAGGGAGGGUCUUCGUGCUCAAUAUGUUCUUGUAUAUUCUCAUCAAAUAAAGUUUGGAAAAAAAAAAA